ACGGGGCUCCCCCCGCUCCACCUUCCCACCUCCAGCUCCAGCCCCAAAGCGGCGGGGAGGGCAAUGCCCCGAGCCCUGGGCUGGCCUUAGCCAGUCCCAGCCCCGCGGCAGGCGGAAAUCCCCGGUGGAGGAGGGGGAAGAGGAAUGGCGUGACCCGGGCUAGCCGGCAAGGCAUAGUGCGGCUCAGCCAGCUGCAGCGAUGAGGCGGCGCGGUUACAGAUUUCUGUUACUGUUCCUUCACAUCCUGAGAGCUGUUACUGCGCUGGAGAAGAUCAUCAGUAAACCUGGAGACAAUGUUAGACUGAGUUGCAUUUAUCCAGGAAGAGAAUUCAGCUUAGACAAUCUGCGAGUAUACUGGCAAAUAGCUGAUGAUGAAGAUACAGAGCCAUGUUCAGUAGUGCAUGCACUGAUCUCUGGUCAAGACAAUGAAAGUCUGCAGUGCAGUCAGUUUAAAAACAGGACUCAGUUAUUCUGGGAUAAACUAGGAGAUGGCAAUUUUUCUCUACUACUAUUUAAUGUCAGACAAAGCGAUGAACAUACCUACCGAUGUAUAGUGAUGCAGACAAUUGAAUAUACCAGAGUGAUUCACCAAGAGCAAGUGGUUCUAAGCCUAGCAGCUAGUUACAGCCAACCAAUACUCAGUGGGCCUAAAAGAAACAGUUACAACACUGGAGAAGAGGUGACUUUCAGCUGCAGAUCUGACAACGGAUACCCUGAACCAAAUGUUUAUUGGAUAAAUAGAACAGACAACACACGCCUGUCUCAGUCAGAUUUUAAUAUCACCCAACAUCCCAACGGCACUUACAGUGUUUUGAGCACACUGAAGGUUAAAGCAACUUCUGAUAUGCAAAUAGAGUGCUUCAUAGAAAAUAAAAUACUGCAGGAAAACACAUCAGCCAACUACACAGAGGAGAUGCAAAUCAAUGGUUCCAGCACAGGAAGUCAUAAAGACCAGGCAAAAAGCGGACAAGGUGCUCAAGCAGCUGCAGUUGUGUCAGUUGUCAUUCUGAUGGCUUUUCUGUCUGUGUUAAUCUGCUGGCUGUGGAAACGGAGGUCCUCUCAACUAGUGUCGUACACAGCACCUAUCUAAUGGGAACAUCUGCCAACAACUCAAGCAGCUGGAGGUGCAUCAAGAGGAGCAUCACCCCUUGUCUCAGCAGCAGCAUUGCUUGUAAUACAAGCUACAGGUUUCUGCAGAGUGUGCCAAGAUUGAUGGCAAAAAGCUUCUUCAACAGAAGAAAAAACAAGAUUCCAUUGGAUUCCUGUUCUGACUAGGAGCUGUGUCUCAACACCUGCUAACUUCUUCAGAUGGUUUUCAGUGAUAGCCUGCCAGUGUUUUGAGCUCUUAAACUGGGGAAGAGCAGUGAGCCUCGCACUUAGCUAUGCUGUUCUGGAGCCUCUCGUCAUCACCACUGAGGAAUUUGUUUUGAGUACAAGUGGCCAUGUUUCAGGAGCAUGGGAAGUUCUGUUUCCUUCUCCUUACGCUGACAAUGACUACUGAAUGUGAAGAGGCAGCUAAAAAUGAGGAGGAAAAGAAAACCGAAGGACUUUCUACAAAGUGAGAUUUGUAACUUUUUCCACCUUUCUCUAUCUACAGUACAUUCUGUCAUUGGUUUCACCAGCUACAUGUUAUUAUGUACAGAAUGAGCUAGACUAUAUUGACCUGGUCCUAAUAAAAUAGGUUUUGCCAUGACUGGGUUAAGCACUGAAUGUGUGAACAAAAAUAACUCUCCUUUAAAGGCACUUAAUAUCAAAAUUUUACUCUUUACUGAAUAUUUUACCAAAAAGGAGACUUCAACUUUCUACAGAAGCUGGUGCUUACUGUGUGAAAGAACAAUCUGUGGAAAACAGAUUAAAAACAGUGCUCUCUCCUAUGUUGAUGUCAGGUUACCUCAACAUAUAUCUGCCUGGAUGAAACAAGAAAUCCAUAUUCAGGCUCUGUUCAAUUCAGCUUGUCUUUAUUUAAGGCCAGCAGCACACAGGGAGAGUUUUGAACUGAUUUUUUUUUUUUUUAAUGCUUCUUCUUGUCUCAUCCUUUCACCGUAGAAAAAGGAGUGCAAAGCAAUAUGUUAACUACGAAUGUUCUUGAUGUGUUGAUGGCUAAAGGAAAGAAAGGGAAGAAAAGUGAAGAAUGGCAUUUUCUUUCACGUGCCAUCAUCUGUGCCUUACUGGUUCAGCUCCGAUUGAGCUGGAGCAAAUAGAUGAAGAUCACAAACAGUAAAUGUGACUGAUAGCCUAAAAUUUUGGAGGAGAAUAAAUCAUGGUGGUAAUGAUUUUAAUACUGAGUCCUGGAAAAACUCCUGCAGCAGUUGCUAGACUAAAAUUCUACUAUUUCUACAGUCACAGCCUUGUUUGUCCCAGCUCCACAUAGAGAAGGCUGUCCGGUGUCAAGCAGGAGUUAGGAAGUUUUUGUUUAUUUGUUUUAAAUCAAGAUCAGCUUUCAAAUCCUAGUAAAGCAAAAAUAAAUUAUCUUUUUCUUCCUUUGUGCAAAACCCAGACCCAUUUGGUGACAUUUCUGUUGAAACAGUACCCCUAUGUGGGCUCACUACAUAGUAGUGAGGGAAGGAUAAGUACAGCUCUUACUUGAUGCAAUCUGAGCUCACUCCCCAGUUUGAGUAGGAUAGAAAAAUUAAAAAAAAAAAAAAAGAAAGUCCAAGCUACAACUAAAUAACUGUUCAUGUCUCCUGUUUUGGCUGCAAAUAACUGUGUAUGAUAAUGUUUUAAAAACAUUUUAUCUAUUCAUGUUAGAAAAGCAUUGUAUAUUUGUUAACUUUUAGUGUCUGUGAAAGCUGUUCUUUUAUUUAUUAAUUCCAUUUUUGCCACAUCUUGCAUUCCUAUUUACAACCAUAACAUACCCUAUCAGGCAGGGCAUUUAGCUCACAAUAUGUUUCAGAUUAAGUAACUUACAGCAUGUCAGUAAUCUUAAGUGCCCACUUUUUCUCGCUUAUCUCUUGUCCAUUAAUCUAAUGGUGUUCGAUAUCUUCUGAGCCCAUAGUCUUCAGGCAAAAUCUAUUCAGUGUUUGCUGAAGACAGAAGGCAAGCUUGCGAACACAUUUGAAAUGUGACUGCCACCUGCACAGAUGUGAAGGGCAACCAUUUCCUGGUGGUUCAGUGAGCCAUUUUCUCACUCUCUAUCCUGUGAAGUCAUUUUGGGUAACUUUUUAGUGCCACUGUAACUGACAGAAGUCUUCUAUAAAAACAGUUUUCCUCCUUCGUAUUCUACCAGUACAAAAAACCAUAGUGCUUCAGAGAUGUAAGGGGUGACCUAGCAAUCACUCCACAGUUUGCUGUUGAGAAUAUUUAGAUCAGAGAAGUUCUUACUUCUGGCUUUACUUCACGAUAGAUAGUGAAUACAUCUAUGUGCAACAGCUUGCUCUUGCAAAAUCCAUACUUUCAACUGGUUUAAGUUUCCAGCUGUUUUUGGAGGCAAGAAAAUCCAAGAUGACAGUUGUUUGUUACUUGGAAAUUCUGUAAUAACAGCUUGUCAUCACAUACUAUGUUUAUAUUAUAAAUAAAAGCCUAUUAAUCCUU